AUGUUCAAAUUCGCCGUUGUUAUCUUCGCUGUCAUUGCCUGUGCUGCUGCCAAGCCCGGUUUGAUUGGUGCUCCUUUGGCUUAUGCUGCUCCCGCUGCUGUUGUAGCUGCCCCCGCCGGUGUUGUUACUGCCACCAGUAGCCAAUUUAUUGCCCGCAACCACAAUGGUAUUGCCACUGCUCCUAUUGUUGCUCCAGUGGCAACUCCUGUUAUUGCCAAGACUUUAGCUUACACUGCUCCAGUUGCUGCCGCUUAUACCGCUCCCUUUGUAGCUAAAUAUGCUGCUGCUUACUCUCAUCCCUUGGCUUACAAUUCUCCCUUGGCUUACUCUUCUCCUUUGGCUUACUCCACCCCUGUUGUAGCUAAAUAUGCUGCCGCUUACUCUCAUCCCUUGGCCUACUCCGCACCCUUGACUUAUGCUGCUGCCCCAGCUCCAGUUUUGUUUUAAAAACUGUAAUUUUUGGGAGUGCUUGUAAUAACAAUGUGUGAUAAUGAUAUGAUUUGUUUCAAAUAAUAAAAAAAAAUAUAUUUAUUUUAAAAA